AUGUAUCAACAAUCAAGAAGACAUUGUAUUGAUUCUAGGUGGUUUACAUACACUGUAUUACCUGUUGAUUUACGUGAAAUAUCAUCGCUAAGUAAACAAUUGAAAUUGAUUGAACAAAGUCUUGAUUAUAAUUUACCAACAUUUUUUCUCAGCGAAUGCGUUCUCAUCUACAUGUCAUUGGAAAAUUCAACAAAUUUAUUAUCUUAUAUUACACAAACGUUUUUCUCAUGUUUUUUUCCUAAUUUUGAACAAAUAAAUAUGUUUGAUCGUUUUGGACAAAUUAUGUAUGAUAAUUUAAAACAACGAUGUUGUCAUCUAUUGGAUAUUCAAGCUUGUAAAACAAAACAAACACAAUGCGAACGAUUCUUAAAUACAAACUUUCAACAAACACAAUGUAUUAGUCUAAAUGAUUAUUAUAAAGAACAUGUAGAUGUUAAGGAAAAACAACGUUUAGAUAAAAUUGAUGGCGGAUUAGAUGAGAAAGAAUUAUUAGUAUAA